ACCAAGCUUCAGUAAACAACACACAGUCCCCUCAUCCCACUGUUCAUUCGCACAUACUAAACCGCAAUCAUGGAUGAGAUCGCGCCCGAGUACGACGUUGUAGUGCUGGGAACAGGUCUCACUGAAUGUGUGCUUUCAGGUGUUCUCAGUGUAAAGGGCAAGAAAGUCCUUCACAUUGACCGUAACGACCACUAUGGCGGUGAGGCGGCCUCUCUCAAUAUCGAAGCUCUCUUCAAGAGAUACGGACAGACCGAAGGCGAGCCAUGGAACAAGUACGGCCGCGUGAACGACUGGAACAUCGACCUCGUCCCCAAGCUCCUCAUGGCAAACGGAGAGCUCACCAACAUCCUCGUUUCGACCGACGUCACAAAGUACCUCGAGUUCAAGCAGAUUGCCGGUAGCUACGUCCAGCAAGGCAACGGCGCGAAGGCGACCGUCGCAAAGGUGCCAUCAGAUGCUGGCGAGGCUCUCCGAUCGCCCUUGAUGGGGCUGUUUGAGAAGCGACGAGCAAGGAACUUCCUGGAGUUCAUCGGCGCAUACAAGGAGGAAGACCCAGCGACACACAAGGGCCUCGAUAUCAAGAACAUCACCAUGAAGGAUGUAUACGACAAGUUCGGCCUCGAGGCUACCACUCGCGACUUCGUAGGCCACUCCAUGGCUCUCUACCCGACCGACGACUACAUCGAGCAGAAGGGCGCCACGAACGAUGCUAUCGAGCGCAUCCGACUAUACGUCAACUCCAUGGCCCGAUAUGGCAAGUCCCCAUACAUCUACCCGCUUUACGGUUUGGGAGAACUUCCCCAGGGCUUCGCGCGCCUCUCUGCCAUCUACGGUGGUACCUACAUGCUCAACACCGAUGUUGACGAGUUCCUCUACGAGGGAGGCAAAGUCGUCGGUAUCAAGGCUACAAUGAAGGAGCGCGAUGACACCGGUCCCGGCAUGAAGUUCGAGACCAAGGCAAAGAAGAUUCUCGCCGACCCCUCAUACUUCCCCAGCAAGGCGCGCGUCACUGGCCAUCUCAUCAAGGCCAUUUGCAUCCUAAACCACCCCAUCCCCAACACUUCCGAUGCCGACUCCCUGCAGCUGAUUAUCCCCCAGUCGCAGGUUGGACGCAAGCACGACAUCUACAUUGCCGUUGUCUCGUCCGCACACAACGUCUGCCCCAAGGGUUACUACAUUGCCAUCGUCUCAACUAUUGCCGAGUCGGACAGCAACCACCACCUUGAGCUCAAGGCCGGUCUAGAUCGCCUCGGAAAGAUCGAAGAGCAGUUCCUCGGCCAGCCCAUUCCACUGUACGAGCCGCUCGAGAGUGGUGAAAACGACAACAUCUUCAUGUCCAAGAGCUACGACGCAACAAGCCACUUCGAGACCACCACCGAUGAUAUCAAGGACAUAUACAAGCGUGCUGAAGGCCAGGAGCUGGUUGUUGAGGGCCUGAGAGAAGGCGCGAACUUCAAUGUCGAGGAGUAG